AUGCCGCGCGAGAAACUUCUCACGCCCGAAAGGCGAAAUCACGCAACCGCAUCGGGAACCUCCGGCGACUCGACAAAGUUUGCUGACGCCAGGCGCGCUUGGCGCGCGGCAGUGCAGAUUCAGAUACGAGCAAGCCUCGUGACCAUCGCCUUGUACACUGGCCGCCCUCCAAGGCUGCAGCCGAUCAAGGCGACGCGCGAGCGGCAGGUGCGGCUGUGGGCGGAUCUGAUCGUGGCGUGGUGCUGCCACCACCGCACGCUGCUCGUGCCCCUCGACCACUUCCCCCUCUUCCACCACCCCGCCAUCCAGCGGAAACUGACAUUCGAGGCGCGGCAGGUCUUUCUCGAGGCGCUCGUUGCAGAAGGGAGGGCGGAGUGGACGGAUCGCAGUCGGACAAGGUGCCUCAUUCUGUGGAAGUCCAUCAACGACUGGGUCGACACCCUGCUGCACUUCGUGCGCGAGAACGGAUUUGGGGAUUCUGUUUUGACACUCGAGGAAAUACGAGCAGGGGAUGACACGAAAGGGACAGACCUGGAGGGCAUUGAUGAGGACGUGUUGCGGAGAGCCAUCAGAGUGCUGGAGAGCCAUCAUUGUGGCCUCGCCACGCUCUUCAAGGGCUCCUCCUCCGACGAUGAAGGGGUCAAGUUCUUCGCUUAG